AUGACCACCACACUCCCCGACGCCGCCUCCCCGUGGUGGGGCCCUCUCACGGCCGCCCUCGCCGCACUCUACACACUCUAUCUUCUCCUCUCCAAGAAACCGGCCGGCAGGCCCCUCCCGGGCCCCCGCGGCCUCCCCCUCGUCGGCAACCUCCUCUCCCUCGACCCGGACCUCCACACGUACUUCGCGGGCCUCGCCCGGGCCCACGGCCCGAUCUUCUCCCUAAGGCUCGGCUUCAAAACCGCCGUCGUGGUGACCUCCCCGUCCGCGGCCCGCGAGAUGCUCAGAGACCACGACGCGGUGUUCGCCAACCGGGACGUGCCGGAGGCGGGCCGCGAGGCCACGUACGGCGGGCGCGACAUCGUGUGGAGCCCGCACGGGCCCGAGUGGCGGAUGCUGAGGAAAGUCAGCGUUCGGGAGAUGCUCGGGAGCCGCGCGCUCGACUCGGUGUACGCACUCCGGCGGAGGGAGGUCCGGGGGACGGUCGGGUACUUGUACGGGCGGCGAGGUUUGCCGGUGGAUGUUGGGGAGCAGAUGUUUGUGACGGUGUUGAACGUGAUCACGAGCAUGGUGUGGGGGGAAACGGUGGUGGGGGAGGAGAGGGCCGGGCUUGGGGCGGAGUUCAAGGAGGUUGUGGGGGAGAUUGUGGGGCUGCUGGGGAUGCCGAAUGUUUCGGAUUUUUACCCGGGGUGGAUCGGGAGGCUGGAUGUUCAGGGGAUAAGGAGGAGGAUGAGGGCGGCGGUUAGGAGGAUGGACCAGAUUUUCGAGACGGUGGUCGAGCGGAGGCUGAGGGGCGGUGGUGAGGGGACUGGCAAGGAUUUUCUGCAGUUUCUGCUGGAGAUGAAGGAUGGAGGAGAUGUCGAUUUUAGCAUGACUCACCUUAAGGCUUUGCUCAUGAAUCCGAGCACGAAACAGAGAUCAAAUGAUCGACAGAGUCUAAAUGAAGACAUGGUAGUCGGGGGGACGGACUCAACAUCCAACACGAUGGAGUUUGCCCUGGCUGAGAUGAUGAACAAUCCCGAAAUCCUCGCGCGGGCCCAGCAAGAGCUCGACACAGUCAUUGGCAAAUACAACACUGUCGAGGAGUCCCACAUCAGCAGCCUCCCUUACCUACAUGCAGUGAUGAAAGAAGCCCUCCGACUCCACCCAGCUGUCCCGCUCCUUGUCCCGCACUGCCCCAGCACCACAUGCGAGGUCUCUGGCUACACAAUCCCAAGUGGGGCCCGCGUUUUCUUCAACGUGUGGGCCAUCCACAGGGACCCUUCGUUGUGGGACAACCCUUUGGACUUCUGUCCUGACCGGUUCUUGGACGGGACAUGGGACUACAGUGGGAACGACUUUAGUUACUUCCCUUUUGGGUCUGGGCGGAGGAUGUGUGUUGGGGUCGACAUGGCCCAACGGAUGUUCAUGUUCUCGCUCGCGACUUUGGUUCACUCGUUCGACUGGAGAUUGCCUCAUGGGGAGAAGAUGGACCUGUCCGAAAAGUUUGGGAUUGUUCUCAAGAAAAAGGUGCCGUUGAUUGCUAUUCCGAAUCCUAGGUUGUCUGAUCCGGCGCUCUAUGCGUGAUUUUUAUGCAGUGGCUAUUUUUCUUUCGUGUUGAUUCCUUAAGCCUUAUUAUGGUGUCAAUCAAUACAUAAUCGAACAUUAUGAUGUCGUUUGGUUCGAUUUUACUGUACGAUUAAGAGUUAAUGAUUCUGUUUAACAUUAAUAAGAGGACUAAUGUGCACUAAAAUGACAAAAGCUA